CUUAGUACUUCCCCACCAAGGAAUCUGUGUUGUAUUUGCCACUUCCCUUUUUCUCCCUCCAAGGAACCCUCCUUGAGAAAAACCAAACCAGAUAAGGCAAGAUAUAUAAUACCAGUAAAGAAGCAGCUAAUGGCUACCUUCAUUCAAUAUAUAUCACUGUCAUCCCUCUCUGUAUGAUCCCUAGUUCCCCUCACUUUCCUUCUCUGUAAAAAUCCUCUUCCACGAGCAACCCGAUCCCUCCGAAGUUCUCUUCAUCCUCUCUAUAUACGCCUCUCGUCCAUCCUCCAGUUGCCUUUUCUUUCAAAUCAAAACCCCACAAACCAGCAAUGUCGUCCUUUGAAUUUGACAAAGUGAUGAAGGCUGAGAAAGCCGAUGCUAUGAGAAGGUACAACAGAAAGAGAUACUCUUACUACUUUUUGGAAGCAGUGGGAGCUUUAGUCUUGCUUUGGUGCUCCUUCUCUUGCUUCCCUGUCAUAACACAAAUCGCCUCUCAUUAUCUCUCCUAUUCUAACCGGAAAAUCUAUGUUUUUGUGCUCGCAAACAUGUUCAUAAUUCUAAUUGUCUAUCUUUCAUCCACAACAGCCCACAACAAUGACCAAAACGACACCCCAUUCCAAACCGAUAUCUACGACGAAUACGUUUCCUUCUCCACCAACUCCUCUCCUCGUUGGAAAACAACAACCCACGAGGACAAACAGUUGGUUGUUUCGUCGUUGCUAGAGAAACCAGUUCAGGUAGAGGAGAAGGAUCUUCCAGUCCGUGAGACAGAUACCUUUUACGAAGACAAACAAAUAGUCUGCUGGGAGAAAACUGUUGAUGCUGCCAAAGUUGAAGUGGAGGAGAAGCCAGUUCGUGAUCUUACGCUAUUGAAAGAGCAGAAGCGUUGCAGGAGGACGCGAUCAGCGCGGAGUGGAAAAGAGAAUAGGGAAUGUUCACGAGAGUUUGGAAGAUCGGAGACAGAGACUGGAAGCUGGGAAACGUCGUCUGUGAUCAAGACCAGUACUCGCCUUAAUUAUAACACUCCGGCCGCCGCGAAAAAGUCGAUGCCGGAGAUGGAUAAUGACGAAUUUAGGCAUGCCAUUGAGACGUUUAUUGCUGAUAAGAAGAAGAUUUUGAGAGAGGAGAGUAUUGCGAUGUUAAGUGAGGAGAAGGAAGAGUAUUUGGCUAUUAAUUAUAGGUGAUUAAUUAAUAUUUAGCAAUAUUUGUAAAAAGGAGUCUGAAUAAUUAGCUAGGCACUGUAAAAUCCAUCUCGAUUUUAUUAUAUUACCUCUUCUUCUUCUUCUUUUCAAA